AUAAUAAUAAUUAUUAAAUAUUAUAAUAACACAACCUAAUAAAAGUAAUAUUACAGAAACAACAAAAACAAUUAAAAAAGGGUACAUAAACAUGCACAUUGCAUUGUCUUUGUGGACGGACAUACGCUACCCGAUUGGAACUGACACAGACCAGCCAUCACGCUGUUUGGCGCCAUUUAUAAAUAUUAUGCGGCAGACGGAUAUCUAUCAAGCACACGGCCCGAUUCUGUGGAGCGACAGUCGGCUCACUUGCUUUGAAACGGCCACAAGACGACUUUCGUCAUCAAUUCUAAUCCCACAGAGCGGGAAAAGGUACCUCACUUCGACGCCUGAACUGGUUGGAGAAAGAAAAAGGUAAAAACAUGGAUAGACGUAGUCUUAGAAAACGAGCAGUGAAAAGGGUGAGUUCUUUAUUUUCUUCCUUUCCUGAUGAGAUGCAGAUCACUGGAGCUGCAGAGAAUGCCACUAUGAAUAUCACAGAGGAGGACCAAAAUCAGGGUGAUCAGGGUCAGGCAUCACAUAAAUUUGACAGUGAAGAUGAUUCGCAGAGUGAUGAUGACAUAGUAAAUGUCAGUACAUCACUAACUGAGUCUUUGUGCGACUGGGCAGUUAAUUUCAGGGUGUCUUUAGUAGCUUUGACUGCACUUCUGGCCAUCUUGAGAGUUCAUCAUCCUUUCCUACCAAAGGAUGCCAGAACUCUUCUACAUACCACUACCGCCUACAGCAUCCAAGUUGUUGCUGGUGGUACUUACCACUAUGUCGGCAUUUUGAAAGCUUUUGCAAAAAGCAUGGAUCGCAUCUGGUCUCACAUUCCAAACAGGCAUGAAUUUAAAUUGCAGCUGAAUGUAGAUGGACUACCUCUGUUUAAGAGUUCCUCAGUACAGUUCUGGCCAAUCCUUGGCUUGCUACAGGAUGUUGUGAAAAAGCCAGUUGUCAUUGCUCUGUUUUGUGGUGUCUCAAAGCCAAGUUGUCUGGUUGCAUAUUUACAAGAUCUUGUCAGUGAGUUGCAAGAACUAAGCAAAGGAUUCUUCAUCAAAGGGAAACAGUGCUUCUUGAAGGUCAAUUCUGUCAUCUGUGAUGCGCCAGCAAGAGCUUUCAUUAAAGGAACAAAAAGUCAUACUGGUUACUCAGGAUGUGACAAGUGUGUUCAAACAGGUGUUUAUCUUAAACACAGAAUGACUUUUCCAGAAGUCAACAGCGCACUCCGGACAGAUCUGUCUUUCAAAAUGAUGAAUGAUGAAGACCAUCACGUGACAAAGUCACCAUUAACUGAUGUAGGUAUAGGCAUGGUGUCAUGCUUUCCUCAUGAUUACAUGCACCUUGUCUGUCUUGGGGUAGUGCGGAGACUGUUGGAUUUAUGGAUUGCAUCAGGGCCUUUGCUAUCCCGCUUGUCUUCUCAUCAGAUAAAGCUUAUCUCUAGUGCACUCGUAGGCUUAAGAGGUUUCAUUCCUACGGACUUCGCUCGUAAACCAAGAGGGCUUUCAGAAAGACUCCGGUGGAAAGCCACAGAGUUGCGACAGUUCUUGUUGUACACCGGGCCAGUGGUUCUCCAAAAUGUGCUGUCGGGUUCAGUCUACAACAAUUUCAUGUUGUUAUCAGUUGCCAUUUUCAUCCUUGCAAGUCCUUCAUUGUCUGCAGAUCUUCAUGACUUUGCAAACACAUUACUUGUGUCAUUUGUGACACAUUUUGGCAAACUGUAUGGUCCAGAAUUUGUCACUUACAAUCUUCACGGACUAACCCAUCUUUCUGAGGAUGUUCGAAUACAUGGAAAUCUUGACCUAAUAUCCGGAUUUCCAUUUGAGGAUUAUCUAGGUAAGAUGAAAAAGAUGAUAAGAACCCCGCAUCAUCCACUAGCCCAGGUUAUUCGGCGAAUCUCUGAAAUGGAUCCUUUUACAGGAAAUGAUGAAGCUUCACAUGGAAAGAGAAGGUUGCAGAAGGAGCAUGAUUCUGGCCCACUUCCACCCUCUAUGAUGAACAUAUCUGUACUUCAGUUCCAGGAGCUUGUCAUAGGUGGUACCAAAAUAGAUGCAUCAAGCGAGGGAGACAGAUGUGUUAAGAUUGGUGGCUGCAUUGCUUUGAUUGACAAUAUCCUUCAGUGUCAGGACAAAAUAUAUAUUGUCUUCAGAGAAUAUGAAUUAAUGGAACCAUUUUUUGAGUAUCCUCUGAGUUCAUGUGAUUUGGGCAUCUACCUGGUUGGAAAAAUAUCAUCGAGGCUGAAAACCAUUGAGUUAAUUGACCAUGUUGAGAAGUAUGUGAGGUUGCCAAAUCAAGACAAAUUUGUUGCAGUGCCAUUGCUGCACUUGUGCCACUGAUUUCAUUUAGCCCUUUCUUAUU